CAAGGGGCGGAUUUUGAACCCAGUCCGAAGUGGGGGAAUGCACCGGGUGGCUAUUGCCACUAGGCCGCAGGGGUCCAGGUGCAUGUAAAAAUCAUUUUUUCUAGAAAAAGAAAUAAUAUUCCAUAUUUAGAGGGUUAUAUUGGUAAAAUGAUAAUUAAUCUGAGCUACAAGCCUACAACAACUGACAAAAGGGAGCCCAGAGUUUUUGCCGUUUCCGUCGUGGGAUGGCUUUGUGCCGAUCCUCCUUUUAUUCCCCUCCGCAGCAUCGUCCCCCUCUCCUUUUUCCCUCCAAGCUCUCUUCCUUCUUCCCGAUAUACCCUUCCACUUCCUUCAAAUUCACAAGCCUUGCCCUCCUCCAUCAACCGCCUAAAACUCCAGUCUCCUGCACUUGCUGUUCCAUGGAUGCUCCUCCGCAAGGUUAUCGGAGAAAUGUUGGUAUAUGUCUCAUCAAUUCAUCAAAAAAGAUCUUUGCUGCUUCCAGGCUCGAUAUACCCAAUGCUUGGCAAAUGCCCCAGGGUGGGAUUGAUGACAAUGAAGAUCCAAAAGAUGCAGCUAUCAGGGAAUUAAAGGAAGAAACUGGUGUGAGCUCAGCCGAAGUUCUUGAAGAGGUUCGUUAUUGGUUGACAUAUGAUUUCCCUCCAGAAGUCAGGGAAAAACUUAAAGUUCAAUGGGGAUCAGACUGGAAAGGUCAAGCACAAAAGUGGUUUCUUCUUAAAUUUGCUGGGAAGGAGGAAGAAAUCAAUCUUUUAGGUGAUGGAAUGGAGAAACCUGAGUUUGGCGAGUGGUCGUGGAUGUCACCAGAUGAAAUAAUUGAUCACGCAGUUGAGUUCAAGAAAAAUGUUUACAAGGAAGUUUUGGCAGUUUUUUCUCCACACCUUCAGUAAUAUUGUUAUGUUGAACAAGUUUACAUUGCCACUUCAAAUCUUAUGUAACAUGAUUAGCUGCAACAAUUUGGAUUAUUUAGAAAUUUUAGAUGAUAACUAAUCCAUGAUGUAUUAUUAUGGCAAUAAUGGGAAGCUUAAUAUAUUUCCAGGUAAUAU